GAAGGGGAAAUGGCUGCCGAAAACAAGCCGGAAGGACUGAAGAAAGUUCGUAAUCCGGAUCGAAUGUACAGAUCAGCAGUGUGUUAUGCUGGCCAUGGUCCACCUAAGAGUAUCAGUGAUGACACAGAGACGAACAAUGAACAUGGACAUUUGAAAAUAUACCUGCCCAAAAAGCUGCUUGAAUGUCUACCAAAAUGCUCCUCGCUGCCAAAGGAGAGACACCGGUGGAACACUAAUGAGGAGAUCGCAGCUUACUUGAUAACAUUUGAAAAGCAUGAAGAAUGGCUAACGACGUCCCCUAAAACAAGGCCUCAGAAUGGGUCGAUGAUAUUGUACAAUAGGAAGAAGGUGAAAUACAGAAAGGAUGGCUACUGCUGGAAGAAGAGGAAAGACGGGAAGACCACGCGGGAGGAUCACAUGAAGUUGAAAGUGCAAGGAGUGGAGUGUCUGUACGGCUGCUACGUCCACUCUUCCAUCAUCCCCACCUUCCACCGCAGGUGCUACUGGCUGCUCCAGAACCCUGAUAUUGUACUCGUCCACUAUUUGAAUGUUCCAGCCAUCGAGGAUUGUGGGAAACCAUGUGGUCCGAUCCUGUGCUCCAUCAACACGGACAAGAAGGAGUGGGCCAAAUGGACCAAGGAGGAGCUGAUUGGCCAGCUCAAGCCCAUGUUUCAUGGCAUCAAGUGGACUUGCAGCAAUGGGAACAGCAGCUCUGGCUUCUCAGUGGAGCAGCUGGUGCAACAGAUUCUGGACAGCCACCAAACCAAGCCACCUCCCCGGACGCACAACUGCCUCUGCACGGGCACCCUGGGUGCAGGGAGCAGUGUGCACCACAAGUGCAACAGCGCCAAACACCGCAUCAUAUCGCCUAAGGUGGACCCCCGCUCAGGGGGGUAUAGCAGUGGUCACUCUGAGGUACAAAACAAUGACGUGUCAGAGGGGAAAACCGAGCACAGCACCCAUGGUGGAGGCAAAAGCUCUGGAGGAGGAGGUGGAGGUGGCAGUGCCAGGGAGAAACGCAACGGCAAAGUCCACAAGCCGGUCCUCCUCCACCAGAACAGCACGGAGGUAUCAUCCACAAACCAGGUGGAGGUCCCUGACACCACCCAGAAUUCCCCAGUCUCCAUCAGCAGUGGGUUGAACAGUGACCCAGACAUGGCCGACAGCCCCGUAGUGACAGGGAUGAGUCACGUGCCCUCUGUCAUGUCUGGCCUGUCCCAGAGUGUCUUCAUGUCUGAGGUCACCGGAGACCCAGUCUACAGCAUGUCACCCACUGGGGGUCCCAACACUCACCUGAUGGGUGCAGAUGCCACCUCACAGGGCUUGGUGCUCUCUGUGACCUCUGACAGUCACAAAUUUGCCUUCCCUGGUGGAGGAGUAGGGGAAGCUGGGACAACUGCUGCAGGAGACAGCCUGUCCAUGUUGUCUGCAGCUGGAGUGUCCGAGGAGCUGGUGCUCUCGAGCAGCCUGGACUCUGGAAGCAUCAAGAUCCCAGAGACCAACAUGAACUUUGACCCCGACUGCUUCCUGAACAACCCUAAGCAGGGCCAGACCUAUGGAGGCAGUGCGAUGAAGACAGAGGGCAACUCCUCCUCAGCCUCAUCUUCUUCCAAUGGCAGUGGCAGCACCAAUGGCAGUCUGCAGCGCUCACCUUCCAUGUCAGACAAUGGCUAUGGCUUCAGCGCAGCUCUGGUAAAGAACAUCAAGACGGAGGACACAUCCUUUGAGCAGCAGCUGGCCAAGGAUAGUGGCUACCAGGUGGGGGCAGUAGUGAACUGUGUCAGCGGAGUAUCUGUGUCAUCUGGUGCUGGUUCAGCCCAGGGCAGCCUCACCCUGACCCCUGCAGGCUCCUUGCUGCCUUCUGGUGGGGGCCUCAGCCCCAGCACCACCCUGGAGCAGAUGGAUUUCAGUGCCAUUGAUGCCAAGCAGGACUAUACCUCCAGUGCUGCCACAGUGGGCUAUGGGCAGGCCAUGUCUAGCCCUCAUAUAGCCCACCAGAAUCGUUCACCCAGCUUCUUCCUUCAGGAUGCCUCUCAGAACAGCCAGGCCCAGGGGAGACCCAGCAUCGGCCAAAAAACCCACAUGAUGGAGCACAACUCCCAUGACUCUGGAGCCUAUAUGGGUCUGCAGGUGGUGAAAACAGACUCUCCGGGAAGCAAUGGACACCUCCACCACCACCACCAAACCCACCAGAGCCAGCACAGAGCCAACUGUAAUGGAGGCUCACCCACAGAGGGGCCUGCACAGGCUGGCUCACUCCAGCUGCUACAGUAUCAGGGGGGCUUCCCUGGGCUGGGCACUGAGCAUGAGGAGGUGGUAGGUCUGGAACAGCCGGGCAGUGUAGGUUCAGCUCAAGCUGGAACCACUGAGAAUGGAGCAGAAAGCCUACUCAAGCCUGGAGAUCACAUUCAGGCCUGUGGAGGGGGGAGUGGAGAGGGAGGAGGGACAGAGCACUACCUGCAGCAGGCCUCAGACAAUGGAGGAGGAGGGACAGGAGCUACAGGGGACGGAGUGGCCAUUCGUAAUGGAAACAACAAUAGCGAUGGCAGCAACCGCUCCCAGCAGCAACAGCAGCUGCAGCCCCUCCUCCAGGGCACAGGCAUCGUCCAGGGACUGUAUAACACUGUAGGAACCCACCAGGGGAUGGGCGGAGGGGCCAGUAAUGGAGCAGCAGGCGGGACAGGCAUGGAGAUCAGUCUGGAUCACUUUGACAUCUCCUUUGGGAACCAGUUCUCUGACCUCAUCAACGAUUUCAUCUCAGUGGAUGGCAGUGGGACCGCCAUGUCAGCUGGGGGGGCCCUGUAUGCCCACCAGCUAGUGACAACUCACGGCUCAGACACUCAGAGCACAGCUGGUGGGCCUCCCCAGCAAGGGCAGGAAGAUGGCGGGCCCAGGGGCUCUGGCUACAGUCCCUCAGAGCUCUGCCUUCAACCCUGCUGCAGCCCCCAGUCUCUCAGUGGGGGGACUGGGACAGGGGCAGCCACAGGAGAGGCAAGCUCAUUGUCUUACAUGCAUGUAGCAGAGGUGGUUUCUGCAGCUGUGGCCCAAGGGGCUCUGGGGAUGCUCCAGGCCACUGGCCGACUCUUCAUGGUCACAGACUACUCCCCUGAGUGGUCCUACCCUGAGGGUGGGGUGAAGGUGCUGAUCACUGGGCCCUGGCAAGAGGCCAGCUCUAACUACAGCUGCCUGUUUGACCAGAUCUCUGUCCCUGCCUCUCUUAUCCAACCAGGGGUGCUGCGCUGCUACUGCCCAGCUCAUGACACAGGUCUGGUGACGCUGCAGGUGGCUGUCAGUAACCAGAUCAUCUCCAACUCUGUGGUGUUUGAGUAUAAGGCUCGCGCUCUUCCUUCACUGCCCUCAUCUCAGCAUGACUGGCUCUCGCUGGAUGAUAACCAGUUCAGAAUGUCUAUCCUGGAGCGCUUGGAGCAGAUGGAGAGGAGAAUGGCAGAGAUGGCCAGCCACCAGCAGCAGAGCAGCGCAGGGAGUGCUGGAGCAGGGGCAGGAACAGGGGGAACAGGAGGAGGAGGAGGUGGGGGUGGAGGAGGAGGGGGAGGCAACAACAGCCAGUCACAGUGUGUAUCGGCCCAGGCCCAGGCCAGCAGUUCCUUUGAGAGCCGUGUGGUGGUGGUCUGUGAGAAGAUGAUGAGUAGAGCAUGCUGGGCCAAGUCUAAACAUCUGAUUCAUUCUAAGACCUUCAGAGGCAUGACGCUGCUUCAUUUGGCAGCAGGCCAGGGCUAUGCCACUCUUAUACAGACACUCAUCAAGUGGCGAACCAAACAUGCUGAUAGCAUUGACCUGGAAUUGGAGGUGGACCCUCUUAAUGUGGAUCACUUCUCCUGCACACCUCUGAUGUGGGCAUGUGCACUGGGUCACCUGGAGGCAGCGGUGGUUCUGUAUAAAUGGGAUCGGCGUGCCCUGGCGAUUCCAGACUCUCUGGGACGCCUGCCACUUUCAAUCGCCCGCUCUCGUGGCCACACCAAGUUGGCUGAGUGUCUGGAGCAGCUCCAGAGGGAAGAGCAGCAGCCCCCUGCCCCUCUGCCACCCACAACGCGCAUGUCCUUCUCCCCAGCCCCUGACGCCCCCACCACUGACAGCUGGAUGGUCAGCUGGGGCAAUGAGAAUGUGGUAGCACCCAGUGGGAAGAAAGGAGGUGCUGCCACCACCACAACCACCUCCAGCACCACCAACCUCAAUCCAGAUUUGAGAAGGCCCAGGUCAGAACCCUCCAACUACUACAGCAGCGAAGGCCAGAGAGACCUCCCGCAGGCCAAAAAACACAAACCCAAUCCAGAACUGUUUCAGCCCCGGCCUGACAAGUCUAUGUCUGUCCCUCUGAGCCUGGAGCAGCAGCAGCUCCACAAGUUGUCCUCCAGCCCCAAGAGCCUGUCCACAGAGGGCCUGAGUUCAGACAAGGGUCUCCCUGUAGGAAGCAGCACAGCGACAGCCAGAUGGACAUCCAGAGAGAGUUUCUCCAGCAGCAGCUUGGGGCGGAAGGGGUUGGGGGUUAGUGGAAGCAGCAGCCUGGGGAAGGAGAAGCUGGUCAACCGGUUACGUCAGCGGGAGCAGCUGGGCAUGCUGGUGAUGGCAGACAGAGAAAUGGCUGACACCGAACUGCUCUCCUAUCGGGAAGAUCUGGAGAACCAGGACUGCCUCACACAGAUGGAUGACCUGCAGGUCAACAUGAUGACUCUCGCAGAGCACAUCAUUGAGGCAACCCCAGAGAGAAUCAAAAGGGAGAACUUCACAGCAGUGGACUCUGCGCCCUUAGACACCACAGGGGUCAGCAACACCAUGAACUGGCUCGCCAACUACCUGGGAGACGUGGAACAGCUGCCGAGUAUAAUACACCUGCGAUCUCUGUACAGUGAACCCCUGACCCCGUCAUCCAACCCCAGUCUCAGCCCAGGGGGAUCUCCAUUGAGAGAGGGGCCACUGGAAAGGUCAACCCUUCCUUCCCCGGCCGACUGGAGCGAGUUCAUCAAUGCCUCCAACAGCAAGGUGGAGCGAGACCUGGCCCAGCUGACUCUGUCCGACCCAGAGCAGAGAGAGCUGUACGAGGCCGCCCGCCUGGUCCAAACUGCCUUCCGCAAGUACAAGGGGCGCCCGCUCCGAGAGCAACAGGAAGUAGCUGCUGCCGUUAUUCAACGUUGUUACAAGAAAUACAAACAGCUAACAUGGAUAGCCUUGAAGUAUGCACUUUAUAAGAAGAUGACGCAGGCCGCCAUCCUUAUCCAGAGUAAGUUCCGCAGCUACCACGAGCAGAAGAAGUUCCAGCAGAGCAGAAGGGCCGCUGUGCUCAUCCAGCAGUACUAUCGCAGCUACAAGGAGUUUGGCAGACUGAAGCCCCACCGCCGUGGGGCAGCUGCUGCCCUGGUGCAGCACAAACUGAGAGGUGGUCUGCUCACUAAGAGGCAGGAUCAGGCUGCCCGGAAAAUUAUGAGGUUCCUACGUCGCUGCCGCCACAGCCCCUUGAUGGACCAUAGACUGUUCAAGCGGGGUGAAAGAAUUGAAAAGGGCCAGGGAACAUGAGACCCCUCAGAAGAGCCCCCUUGCGAUGUGACAUCACUCUCCUGACUUCUCUUUUCUUUUUCGUUUGUACCCAAGACAUUUUACAAGAGAAUUGAAAAAAGAAAAAAACAUCAAUGCAAACACUGCAAUUAUUACUAGUACUGCAGUGUUACUGGUUCUACUACUACUACAUGUACAACAGCAUUUUUUCACAUAUCCUUUCUUCCCACUGACUUGAUUUCAGUUGGAGAGUGGC